CGGAGCUUUUAGUAACGCAGCUGGCAGUUCACCAAACGAUCCCCCAAAACGCCAAUUCCUAUUCCCCUACUCGCCAGCGAGCGCGUGCUCUUCGAUGGAACGGUGAUGCCCUGGCCGCAAUGCUCGACAACCCAUGAAAGUACUUAGCCGGAUAGACGGGUCCGUAUGCGGUGCCAUUCUCUCGACUCGACCCUGCGCAGCUCGAGCUGCAGUUUCUUCCCGGCCAGAGCUCCGAACCGAGAGACCUCCGAGGGCGCCGGCGUCCCAGCACCACAGGGACCGCACGCGAUGCUCUCGCCCACCGGCUACUCAAUGUCCUUGGACAGCCUCCUGGCUGCUGUCGACUUUCCUGCCGGCGCCCUCUACUGUCCGCCCUCGUGCUUCGAUAAGCUCGAACUCGGCCGCCCGCGGACGAACUCAAUCUUAUAGCCAGGUUGCCGCCUCCGCCGCUACCUCAGCUAGUCGGUCACAUCAUGUCGUUUUGCGGAAAGAAAAGGACGUCUUGCUUGGCUUCGUGGAGCAUGAGGAUGUUGGAACAGUGGACGAACACUUGGAACUCGCACGGGAUCCCUACCUGAACAGAUAUGCACAACCGGAGCAAACUCAGCUCACGAUAUCUGAGAGGAAAGAGGACCAGCAGUACCCGUCAUAUCACGAAGCACUGCGCGGCGACGAAGAUAUUGGGCAGCUGGUCACCAAGCUUGGCACUGCUGUGAGCACCAAAAUGAGAUAUCCCGCGAGAAUUGAUCUCGACUCUAUACACAGUCUAUACGCGGCGCUUCCGGAACCUCGGAUGAUACACAUGCCGGCAAAGCUGCGCCAUCGCUUGCUCAAGAUCUUUGGCACACCACUCAAGAAGGAGACGCAGACGAUGCUUCGGUACUUCUCCCUCAUCGGCGACGCGAAGGAUUGCGGGAUUGCACUGCGACAAAGCGAAUGGAACCAUGCCUUGGCCUUGGCAAGCAGAUAUGUUGGAAGAGUCACGGAUACCGAAGCCGAGGCUGCUCUACAAUUGUGGAAAGAGAUGGAAAAGCUCUCUGGAGUAAAGGGGAACGCUGUCACUUUCAACAUCCUUUUCGACGCGGCGUCCAAGGCUGGAAACUUCGCACUAGCCGAGAUGCUCUACGAGGAGAUGAAGAAGCGCGGAUAUAGCUUCAAUCGCUUUCACCACGUAAGCCUGAUUCACUUUUUUGGGCUCCGCGAAGAUCCUGACGGUGUCCGGGCUGCAUAUAAGGAAUUGGUGGAGGCCGGGGAGAUGGUCGACACCGUGGUGCUCAACUGCGUCAUCUCUAGCUUCCUGAGAUGUGGGGACGAAGAUGCGGCGCUGAAGGUGUACGGUUACAUGAAAGACAGCUACUCGGCGGCUGCCAAGAUACCCCUGAUGGACCCUUCGAUGGAGAAGGCCGUUACCCAUAUUCACUCCAUGUUUGCAAGCGUCAGCAAAAAGAUACCAGAGCUUCGACAACAGCUGCAAGAGCUCGCGCACGAGACUCCGGAUAUGCGAACGUACCGCAUCCUGAUCAAGCAUUUCGCCAUAACGAAGGGAAACUUGAGCAAGACUGCUCAGUUUCUAGACGAGAUGCCACAGUUCGAGGUGCCAGUUCACGGCAGCAUCUUCCUUGCCAUUUUUGAAGGGUUUAGCAAGUACGGCGCAUCUCCGUUUUCUCCCUGGACAGGUGAACGGCUUGAGAACGUCUUGACUGCGCUGUUUGAGGCGAUUGACAACAAAGUCCAGGGUCUAAGACUUGAUACCUGGCUCAUGAUCUGGGCUCUUCGAGCCUUCAUGAAAUGUACAAAUAACGAAAAGGUCCUGGAGGUGUACGAGGAAUUCAAGAAGAGAUGGCAACUGGCGCCGGACAGGGCGGAUUUUAUGGAUCAUUAUCUCGCCAGACUCAUGGACGGGAAGGAGUCAUUCAUCUCUCGGCAUGGGCCGGGACAGCAGAAGAAACACAAGGCAGUCAGGAAACGGCCUAUGUAAAACAACCUAUACUAUAGAUUAAGAUACCAGUAAUUUCAGUUCCCUGUCCACACCUCA